AUGGAGGUAACUGGCAAGAGUUUGGUGCUGGGACUCUAUAGCCACGGCAACUUCUCAGGCUGCACGAUAGGUACCAAGAACAACUUGAUAUCGUUCGCGCCAGACAGGUUGCACUUUUCGGAGAAGUUCACGGGCGAGAGAUGGUCGAUUGUGGCCUAUACCAGUCGUUCCGUUGUUCAGGCUACGGACUCCGACAAGGCCUCUGACAACGAGGCAACAGUCGCUGUGCACGAUGAUCGCGAGCCUCAGCCAAGCUGGAUCUACGAGCCGAUGUACAAGGCGUACCCGACCAUUGUGGAUGAGACGACUCCGGCGAACUCUGAGAAGAUGAACCCGGAGCACCCCCUCGGCAUGAACGACAGCUCUGAGGACGGUGACGAUGGGACGCGCGAGGCAAGUAGAGCGGCUCGACAGGCCAAGAAGAAGGAGCUCCCCUGGCGCUCCAUGUCGCCCGAGGAAAUUCCUGCUUUCCGUGAGGCUCUGCGGGCCGAAUGGUCCGAGUGUGCCUGUUUGGACGGACACGUCAAAAAUCCCGUCCCACUUGAUCCUCAAGAGCAGAGUUUGCUACCGUUGGAAACCGAAGUCGGACGGCUCCUACAAGGCCAAAGCGAGGAUAGUUGUCGCGGGCUUUCGCGACCCACACUUGCCGCUUCUGACAAGAGAUGCGCCUGUCCUCUCCCGAGCUGGUUUUGCGUGCAUCUUACAGUGGGCCACGAGCCAUCGGGUCCCGACUCUGGAACGGAGAUUGCAAGUCGGCCUUCCUUCAGGGCAAACCUGAUACUGAGAGACCCGAGCCGAUCUUUAUGCGGCCUCCGACCGAUACCGGUCUACGGACAGUCGAAUGCUCCUCGUCGUUGGUACCUGCAUGUGGCCGACAAGCUUCAGGCCCUGGGGUGGAUGCGACACACCUUGGACCCGUGUCUGUGGAUGAAGCUGAGCCCGGACGGCUCGACGAUUUGCUCGGUCCUCGGUCUCCAUGUUGACGAUGUGAUAUUAGCUGCUCUGGAAGGUUCUGAAUCCAACCUUCAUGAAGUUGAAGGCGCCUUCGAGUGGGGAGGACCGUGGGAACACACUGAGUUCACCUUCAUCGGCCGCCGCAUCAAGCAGCACUCCGAUUGGUCAUUGUCCGUCGACCAAGAGAGCUACGUUGCUGAAGUGCCUCCCACCAAAGUGAAGCUGGACCCCGCAACGAGCUUGGCAGCGCAUGCCGACCUCCUCACCGAGUACCGUUCAGGCAUCGGCUCGCUGCAGUGGUUGGCUUCGACUACCAGGCCAGACGUGGCCGCCGACGUGAGCCUCAUCCAGAGGGCAGUGAGCGACCUCACCGUCAGCGACCUCCUUGAGAUCAAUGCGGUUUUGCGCUACAUCCGAGCCACGAACGACUCCGGCUACAAGGUGACGUCCAUCCCGCUCGAGGAGCUGGUCUUCGUUGCCUACGCGGACUCCGGGUUUGGGAACGCUCCGAACAACCGCUCUCAAGGAGGACUUCUGGUGGUGGCCACGGACAAGCAGGUGUUAUCAGAGUCUCGACCUGAUUCGAUCCUCGAGUGGAAGUCUUUCCGUCAUCAGCGAGUACUCCGCUCGACUUUAGCUGCCGAGGCAGCUUCACUUGACCGAUCGGUGGACCACGCCUACUUCCUGGCGUCUAUGUUCAGCGAGCUCACCGACGGCAACUACAAGGCGACGAUGCAAGAGCGACCCCUCUAUGAGGUGCUUCCUGUUACGGAUGCUCGCUCGCUGUGGGAUGCUGUACAUCGCUUGAGCACUAACUUCCAGGAGAAGAGGGUCGAGAUCGAUGUGGCCGGACUUCGUCAGUCUUGCAGGAACCUACGUUGGGUACCAACCGAAGAACAGAAAGCGGAUGCCCUCACUAAACGAAGCAGACCGCUACGGGACAGCUUUCGCAUGUUCAUGGCCAACCCUGUAGGUGACUCUUGUGCAGAGCAGAAGUCCGAACGAUCCUCCCCCAGCUCAAGCCAACGAAGCAUGGCGAUAGCUGAAGGAUGCGUCAGCCAAAUGAAAUUGGAGGAGUGUCAACCGAACGCUCUGUGUGCAGUUGGCCAGACGCAUCUGUGA